AUGAUGCAGGAGUUCCACGCGUUCUCGGUGUCUCCAAACAAGGAGCACAAGCUAGAGAUCCCGGAGGGUUGCGGCUUCCACCUCUCUGUCGUUUCGCUGCCGCGAGGCACCAACGGCAAGUCGACAGUUUACGUGUCCGCGGAUGGCAAGUCGUACGCGCUGGCUUCUCUCGACUCUCAGCAGAGCGUCCUUCAGGCACCUACCGAUCUUAUCUUCAACUACCAGCAGCAGGUCACCUUCUUCGCGAAGGGCUCGGCGACGGUGCACUGCGUCGGCUACCGCCAGGAGCUGGACCUCAGCGACGACGACGACGACGUGCCUUUUGCGAUGGAGAGCGGCAGCGAUGACGACACUGGUGCCGUGAAGAAGGCGGCGGUAAAGCUGCCGGCAGAUGCCAUCACGGAUGCUGAGACGGCAAAGAGAAAGCCCGCUGCUGCCACUGAGAGCGUCUCCGAGGAUGAAGAGGACGAGGAUGAAGAGGAGGAGCUGACCGAUAGCGCAGAGGACGCGUCUGCGGAUGCGGCGUCCGAUGAAGGGAGCGACGGAGAAGAAAUGGAGGAAGGCGAGGACGAGGACGAAGAGAAUGAUGAGGAGUACGACGACGAUGAGAUCGACAGCGACAUUGCCAAGGAGCCGAAGGGGAUGCAGACCCGCCACGUUGACCCCACUGCCCCCUCUUCAGAGGAUGAGGAGGAUGGCUCCGAUGGCAACGAUGACGAGGAGAGCGAUGAAGAGAUGGACAGUGAUGACCUCGCCGCCAUGGAAGAGGACGAGGAGGACGUCGAUGACGAUGACGAGGAGGAGGCAGAGCCGCCGAUGAAGGUGAUACGCUCAGAGGGUCGUCCCAGCGGCGGCUCUCCGCAGGGUCGCCCGAGCGCUGGCGGCUCUCCGCAGGGUCGCCCGAGCGCUGGCGGCUCGCCGCAGGGUCGCCCGAGCGCUGGCGGCUUGCCGCAGGGCCGCCACAGGCCCGCCACAGCUUCUAAGUGA